UGCUUGACUGAUGCUUUAUAUUACGAUAAAUGCUUGUCAAAGUAUUUCUUAAUUGAAUCAACUGCUACUGUUUUUACGAGAAAAGUCAUUGUAGAUGUGAAACAACUGCACAUGUAUGCAAAAUUGUGCACCUCAUUAAAAAUGCAAAAACAAGAUAUUGUAAUGCUCUGUUUCGUGUCCUAUGUUUUUUAAGUUUUGAGUUUUCUGUGAAAAUUCUAAGAUACCAGAUUUGUGUGUCUCCACUAUCCUCUAAAGAAAAAGUUAACCAAACAAGGUAUGCAACUAAUUUGGGAUGUAAUUCAGGUUAUAUUUGUUCUAGCCAAACAAACAGUGAAACUAGAUCUUGAGGCUAUAGAGACAAUGCACAAGAAGGAGGCAACUAAUACCGCUUGUCACGAAGAUGCUAGUGCAGAUAAAUCAAACUCGGAUGAAUAUGAUCCUUGGAAUCCUCCCUAUCCUCCAUUUGUUCCUCCUGUUGGGGCGGACCCUAGUACGGCUAUCAGUUUAUCCUUUGAGUGGACAGAUGAGAAAGAUGCUGAACUUGGUGCCCACAGAGCAUCCAGUAUAAUAUUUCCAGACCGCACCCCUCAGACGGUGAAUCUUGCCUUCCACGAUACAUUGCACCGUUUAGUGCCCAUCCUUGAUAAGGAUAGCGUCCGAGGGUUCCUCCGCUUUAUGCAACGGUAUGGGCGGGGCACACGAUGGGGUUUUAUCAUCACCCCAGAGUCUCUGAACCAGAUGAUAACGCAAAAUGCGCUGCGAUGUGUCAAAGUUGCCUUGGAGGGUCAGGCACCUGAGCUGGGUAGGUGCCGGGCCGGUCCCAAUGUCAUGACCCAGUAUGGUUACUUCCCCCUCCACCGAGCUGCUGAAAUGUUCUCCGUUGACAUGAUUGAGUUGCUCAUUCGCCACGGUGCGUCGGCCAAUCUACGAACAGCAGGCGCCGAGGUAAUUGAGGGACUACUCCCACUCCAUGUUGCAGUCGACAACACGUGCAUGCAUAAGUAUCUGGAAGACAGUUUGUUCCCAAACCGUGAGGAUCAGGAUUACAAUGAGCAUCGGGAUUGCAGUGAGGCAGAUGCAAACUAUAUCUUCAGGCUCAUCUAUCUUUUGUGCCUGCCUGAAAUGAAGAUCUUUUUGGACACCACAAGGCUGGUCGCAAAAUACACAGAUAAUCUACUCGUUGAGCUCUGGAACUACAUAAAAGAUGGAAAGCUUGCCCAGACAGCCAUUUUGCUCCUGGCUGCUCAACAACAAAUCCGCACCAUGGGAACUUCCCGCAAGAAAAAAGGAAAUAAUAAACCGGAUGGGUUUCCUACUAUCUGUGAACGUAUUCUGGAUAACAAUAUUACCUUACAGUUGGAAAAAGGCAAAAACGGAAUAGAACAGGACCAAGUGGAUGCAAAGAUAAAACUUAAUCAUACCGCAAUGAUGCUUGUUCGUGUCAUUUCAAAAGCUGGUGAAGACCUUGAUUCAUACAUUCGAAAUCAUCUAGAGGUGCCCUACUUCAUGCAGGUGCCCCGUUUAGAGGUCCUUGAACGUGUUUCGUCGAUUCUCAAGGAUAAUGGUUUUUGUCCUACUCGUGAAUGCAUAGACACUGGAAACCUCUUUCCUUAUCAUGAUGUAUUGUCCGCUACGGAUGUACCGAGCAAACCUGGGGAAAGAGCUUCAACCAGGGAAUGUUUAGAAAUGGAUUAUCUAAGUACAGUAAAGGAUAAGGCUACAAGAAAGAGAAAACCUAGACGAUGGGAGCUCAAAUUCGCAAGGAGAAGUUUCUUUCCAUGGUGGAGGUCAGUAUUGUCUGCCAGGUCCCCUGUCAAGGUGGUACCAUCAAGAUGGGUGCGUCCUACUAAAGACUUGGAUUGUGAGAAAGCUUUGAAGAAACCUAUUUCAGAGAUGGACCGUGAGAUAGUUUCGAAGAAAGCAACCACCCAUGGAUCUGCUGCACCGAUGGGCAGAGCUCCUCAAGUGGGAUCUUAUCAUCAGCACAGAAUGUUGUUCGGUACAGCGGUUGGUUAUCAACCUAGAAGGCUGUUUGGUACGGCGGCAUUGGCACUCCUGAAAGUGCUGAAGAACGCUUGAGUAGAAAGGUGCCGGCUUGUAGAGUUGUGGUAUAUAGUAGUCUUCCUACAACUAUGGUUAACUAUCAUCCCCUGCAAGUUUUGCCCAUGUUCUAAUUAUUGUUUUGCCAAGUGCAUACAUGAGAUAAGCGUAUCAGUCCU